AUGGCUAUGGCUGCACGUGGACGUAAUUCUAAAUUACCGCCAGAGGUAAAUCGUAUUUUGUACAUCAAAAAUCUUCCGUAUAAGAUCACUUCCAGCGAGAUGUAUGAGAUUUUCGGUAAAUUCGGAGCGAUUCGGCAGAUAAGAGUAGGAUCAACGAAUGAAACCAGAGGAACUGCUUUUGUGGUUUAUGAGGAUAUUUAUGAUGCUAAAAACGCCUGUGAACACAUGAGUGGUUUCAACGUUUCGAACAGGUACUUAGUUGUCCUGUACUAUCAAGCCACGAAAGCGUACAAAAGAAUGGACACCGAAAAGGCCAAAGAGCGUCUAGAGGAAGUGAAGGAGCGCUAUGGAAUCGGCGGUGAUCUAAGCAAGCAAAAAAUGGCCUACACUCCGACUCCACGGCGGUAA